GGAAAGACUGCAAUGUAGGAGAUGGGUUUGGUGAAAAGGUCUGUACGCGCAUCGAAGAAGUGUUUCUCGUGCUGGCAAGAAAAGAUACAGGGUUACGAUCAUAUUUCUGUGUGUUCUCCCUCGCUUUUGUGUGCUCAAUAUUUACAAAAGUCGUUUCUGACUGUUAUUGUAUGUUUUUAGUAGAAAGGAUUAUAUUUUUUUUUUUACGGAGAAACUUUCCAAGGAGUGACAACGAGCCUGCUGUUCGUGUCACCCCAUAUUUCUUGGCGGAGGCGUAGUGUUUCACUGAACAGGAAGUGACUGUGCUGAAUAGGAGGCCUCCCGAGGGCCUGUCAUAAUUUUCAGAGAAAAGCUGACAUUUAGCUAUUUCUAUCAGGUUUGAGGAGGUGUAUGUCAGGAUGGCCCAGUGGAACCAGUUACAGCAGUUGGAGACCAGGUAUCUGGAGCAACUCUACCACUUGUACAGUGACAGCUUCCCCAUGGAACUACGGCAGUUCCUUGCCCCCUGGAUUGAGAGUCAAGACUGGGCUUACGCUGCCAAUAAGGAGUCACACGCCACACUGGUGUUCCACAACCUCUUGGGAGAAAUAGACCAGCAGUACAGCCGUUUCCUGCAGGAGAACAAUGUACUCUACCAGCAUAACCUGCGCAGGAUUAAACAGCAUCUGCAGAGCAAGUACUUGGAGAAACCAAUGGAUAUUGCCCGCAUUGUUGCCCGCUGUCUGUGGGAGGAGCAAAGACUGCUGCAGACUGCCACCUCUGCUGCACAGGAUGGCCAGGCAGCCCAUCCCACUGGGACAGUAGUGACAGAGAAGCAGCAGAUCCUAGAGCACAACCUUCAAGACAUCAGGAAGCGGGUGCAGGAUAUGGAACAGAAGAUGAAAAUGCUUGAGAACUUGCAGGAUGACUUUGACUUCAAUUACAAGACAUUGAAAAGCCAAGGAGAGUUGUCCCAGGACCUAAAUGGGAAUAACCAAGCAGCUGCUACCAGACAGAAGAUGGCUCAGCUCGAGCAGAUGCUGAGCGCCCUGGACCAGCUCAGGAGGCAAAUUGUGACGGAGAUGGGAGGCUUGCUGACCGCCAUGGAUUAUGUACAGAAGAACCUGACAGAUGAGGAACUAGCAGACUGGAAGAGAAGGCAGCAAAUUGCCUGUAUUGGAGGUCCCCCCAACAUCUGCCUGGACCGCCUUGAAACAUGGAUCACAUCCUUGGCUGAGUCCCAGCUCCAGAUUCGUCAGCAGAUCAAGAAGCUAGAGGAGCUUCAGCAGAAGGUGUCCUACAAAGGAGACCCCAUCAUCCAACACCGGCCCGCCCUGGAGGAGAAGAUUGUGGACUUGUUCAGAAACUUGAUGAAGAGUGCUUUUGUGGUCGAAAGACAGCCGUGUAUGCCCAUGCAUCCUGACAGACCUCUGGUCAUAAAAACAGGAGUCCAGUUCACAAAUAAAGUCAGAUUACUGGUAAAGUUUCCUGAACUCAAUUACCAGCUGAAAAUUAAAGUUUGCAUUGACAAGGAAUCUGGGGAUGUGGCUGCAAUUCGAGGGUCACGAAAGUUCAACAUCCUCGGUACCAACACAAAAGUUAUGAACAUGGAGGAAUCCAACAAUGGCAGCCUGUCAGCAGAGUUUAAACACUUGACCCUGAGAGAACAGAGGUGUGGUAAUGGUGGCCGGACCAAUAGUGAUGCCUCUCUGAUUGUCACAGAGGAGCUCCAUCUUAUCACUUUUGAGACAGAAGUCUAUCACCAAGGCCUGAAGAUCGAUCUGGAGACUCAUUCCCUGCCUGUGGUUGUCAUUUCGAACAUCUGCCAGAUGCCCAAUGCCUGGGCUUCCAUCCUAUGGUACAACAUGCUCACUAACCACCCAAAGAAUGUGAACUUCUUCACCAAGCCUCCAGUGGGAACGUGGGACCAGGUGGCUGAGGUGCUGAGCUGGCAGUUUUCCUCCACUACCAAGAGAGGCCUGACCAUUGAACAGCUCACUACACUGGCUGAGAAAUUACUAGGGCCUUGUGUCAACUACUCUGGCUGUCAGAUCACUUGGGCCAAGUUCUGUAAGGAAAACAUGGCUGGCAAAGGCUUCUCCUUCUGGGUGUGGCUGGACAACAUUAUUGACCUGGUGAAGAAGUAUAUCCUGGCACUGUGGAAUGAAGGGUAUAUCAUGGGCUUUAUCAGUAAGGAGAGGGAGAGGGCCCUUCUUAGUCCAAAACCUCCCGGCACGUUUCUGCUGCGCUUCAGUGAGAGCAGCAAGGAGGGGGGCAUUACGUUUACAUGGGUAGAAAAAGACAUCAGUGGAAAGACCCAGAUCCAGUCAGUGGAGCCCUACACCAAGCAGCAGCUCAACAGCAUGUCUUUUGCCGACAUCAUCAUGGGCUACAAGAUUAUGGAUGCCACCAACAUCCUGGUUUCACCUCUCGUGUACCUCUACCCUGAAAUCCCCAAAGAGGAAGCUUUUGGGAAAUACUGCAGACCAGAAGCAGCUCCUGAACCUGAGAUGAGUGGAGACUCUACAGGCACUAUUCAGCCAUACUUGAAGACAAAGUUCAUCUGCGUUACCCCGUGUCCCUCCGUGUUCAUGGACUUGCCGGACAGUGAACUGCUUGGGAACGGAUUCCCAUGCACAAACUCUGGAAACACCAGUGACCUGUUCCCCAUGUCACCUCGCACCCUUGACUCCCUGAUGCACAAUGAAGCUGAAGCUAAUCCAGGACAUUUGGAUUCACUCACUUUGGACAUGGAUGUAGCAUCACCUAUGUGAAGAGAUUUGUCAAGUUUCUUCAUUCUUUCUUUCUUUGUUGGGAUUUGAUAUUAUGUUGUGAUAGUGGAUUUGAUGAUGUUUUCGUUCUUCCUCUUUACACACGGCCUGCCUGUACAGUUUGUUUCUUGUUCCUGUGUAAAAAUGAUUCACUUUCACACCAUAGAACAUUUAAUGAUUUUGAAAGAUAUUCUUUUAAAAAAGCGAUGCCACUUAUUUAGGUUUUGGCUGUCCACUUUUACCUUAGUGUGGGAAACUGUUGACUGAUACUGACUGGUUGUAUUUUAAACAGCAUCCUGCUUCAGUACUUACCCGUCUUCAUAAAUGUCUGGAAUUUUAUUUUUUGAGAACAUUGUAUUUUUGCGUUAUUGACUUUUAAAAUGGUUAUGAAUUCAUGUGUUCUUUUCUUUGAAUAAGAAAAUGUAAUGAGAAUAAUUGUUGUAUAAGCUAUGCAGCUUUGGAAUUUUACUUUGACCUGUUUUUAUUCAUUUAAUGGUGUUUUUCAGUAUGUUUUGUUGCAUUUUUAAUCCCUGCCAAAUUUAAUGUCACAGGUGUUCCACAAUAGCUUGGUUUCAUUGUUUCAUUUCAGUGUGUGAGAUUUAGGGGGAUCUAUUGGCAGAAUAUGGCAGAAAUUAAAUAUGAUAUUCAUAAGUAUGUUUUCAUUAGUGUAUAAUCACAUGAAAAUAAGAAUCAUGUUUUCAUUACCUUUAUAAUAAGCCCUUUAUCUCUACAGAGGGAGCGGGUUCUCUUCCACGGAGGCCGCAAUGUUGCACCGCCAUGUUUCUACAGUAGCCCAGAACAGACAAACCAAACACUGGCUCUAGAUAGGGCCUUUCGCGUUUUUCACGAGUUUUGCGGCCACCGUAGGUUUUCCUACACACUUGGAAGGGGAGGGUGAGGCGAAGGGUAUUCAGUUGGUUGCAAUCUGCAACCUCAGCGCUAGAUGUCACUAAAUCCUAUACACUGGUCCUUUAAAUGGUUUCAUUAUGGUUUUUACUCAAAAUGGAAUAUUUCCUGUUUUUCUCAGAGCCAUUUGAAGCGUUAAAAACUGUAGAGAGAAGAAAAGAUAAAGUAUUUAAGACACUUCUGAGGUUAUUUUCCUGUAAGCUUUUUCCCCCCUUACAGUGGUGUGAGAAAUUACGUAACAUAACCUCUAGAAGUGGUGCUCUGAAAAGUUUUUUGUCACUCCCACUUAAAUACUGUAGUUUGUGAUCUUGCACUUGCUUUUGAAAUGAGCAUUUUUAAUAUUUUUGUUGUGCCUGAAUUCACCUGAUAUGAUCAAAUAUGUAAUGUAAAUCAUUUUAUGAACAAUUUAUUGUAGGACAAACUUAUCAGAAUAACCAUGGAUGUUUAAGAAAGAUAUUUCACUCUAACAGAGUGUACACAGUAAGGUGUGUAGCGGUUGACUUUUAACCUUGUAUUCAGUUGAGUAAACCCUGUCAGUUGAGUUUAAUGCAAGCCCCAUGUUUGUCUGUCAUGCUAUGAAAUGUCAAGAGGUUUUCUGUAAAAUAUGCUGUAACUAUUCAUUAUUUGACAGAAGGAAAUAAAAACAAGUUAGCACUAA